UUACGCUUUGCUGCAGCGACGGAGAUGUUGUGCUGAAGGGAAAGAGGGCAGCGCCUCAGGGGGCUGCUGGCUGGGGAUGGGGUGACGGCCCAAAGGCUCUGCUCAAGGGCUGCGGCCGGGCGCUGCAGAGCAGGAGCCAGGUUGGCACAUCCUGAAUUUUUGCUCCGCUGCACAAAGGACCCCUGUGCUGCUGCUGCAGAUUUGAGAGCGAAACGAUUGACUGAAGCCGCUCGUUAUUAUUUUUGGCUACUCCAGCCAUGUAUCAAAAACCCGACGCUGGGUUGAUGCUGGUGCCCUACUUUAUAGAAGCCUUGAAAAGCAGAUCGAGGACAGCGAGCUUGUCUUUGUGCCUGGCAUCUGCCAGCAAAGGAUCCCAUCUAAUGCCGAGGCUGAAAGAAUCGCGCUCCCACGAGUCUCUGCUCAGUCCCAGUAGUGCUGUUGAGGCUUUGGAUCUCAGCAUGGAGGAAGAAGUGGUCAUCAAGCCGGUCCACAGCAGCAUCCUGGGACAAGACUACUGCUUUGAGGUGACGACUUCAUCAGGAAGUAAGUGCUUCUCGUGUCGCUCUGCAGCAGAGAGAGAUAAAUGGAUGGAAAACCUGCGGCGUGCCGUGCACCCAAAUAAGGACAACAGCAGAAGAGUGGAGAAUAUGUUAAAGUUAUGGAUUAUCGAAGCCAAGGACCUGCCAGCUAAGAAAAAGUACUUGUGUGAAUUAUGCCUGGAUGAUGUUCUUUAUGCACGAACUACCUGUAAAUUGAAAACUGAUAAUGUCUUCUGGGGGGAGCACUUUGAAUUUAAUAACCUCCCAUCGCUCAAAAACAUUACGGUGCACUUAUACAAAGAGACUGACAAGAAGAAGAAGAAGGACAAGACCAAUUUCAUCGGACAAGUGAACAUCCCUGUCAGCUCUGUCACGGGACGGCAGUUUGUGGAGAAGUGGUACCCUGUGGUCAGCCCCAACCCUGGGAAGGGCAAAUCCCCAGGGCCCAUGAUCCGCAUUAAGUCCCGCUACCAGAGCAUGAGCAUUCUUCCCAUGGAGAUGUACAAGGAAUUCGCCGAGUACAUCACUAACAACUACAUGGUGCUGUGCUCAGUGCUGGAGCCUUCGCUGAGUGUGAAGAACAAAGAGGAGAUGGCGUCUGCGCUGGUGCACAUCCUGCAGAGCACAGGCAAGGCCAAGGAUUUCUUGACUGACCUGAUGAUGUCUGAAGUUGAUCGCUGUGGUGAGAAUGAGCAUCUCAUUUUCAGGGAGAACACACUGGCCACCAAAGCAAUCGAGGAAUACCUGAAGUUGGUGGGACAGAAAUACUUGCAAGAUGCCUUAGGGGAAUUUAUCAAGGCUCUCUAUGAAUCAGAUGAAAACUGCGAGGUGGAUCCGAGUAAGUGUUCAUCCUCAGACCUCCCUGAACAUCAGAGCAACCUGAAGAUGUGCUGCGAGCUGGCCUUCUGCAAAAUCAUCAACUCCUACUGUGUCUUCCCAAGGGAGCUCAAAGAAGUUUUUGCCUCAUGGAGACAGGAGUGCAGCAACCGUGGCCGCCCAGACAUCAGCGAGCGACUGAUCAGUGCCUCCCUGUUCCUCCGCUUCCUCUGCCCAGCUAUCAUGUCCCCUUCCCUCUUCAGUCUCCUGCAGGAGUACCCGGACGACCGCACUGCACGCACUUUGACCCUCAUUGCCAAGGUCACCCAGAACCUGGCCAACUUUGCCAAGUUUGGCAGCAAAGAGGAAUAUAUGUCUUUUAUGAAUCAGUUUCUGGAGCAUGAGUGGACCAACAUGCAGAGAUUCCUACUGGAGAUUUCCAAUCCAGAAACCAUCUCAAACACAGCUGGCUUUGAAGGCUAUAUUGACCUGGGCCGGGAACUGUCUACUUUGCACUCGCUGCUCUGGGAAGUCAUUUCUCAGCUGGAGCAGAGCACUGCAACAAAACUUGGCCCUCUGCCGCGGAUCCUGAGGGACGUCAACUCGGCGCUCAGUAACCCGGCCUGCGUGCAGGUCUCAGUCACAGCUGAUCACACUGCAUCCACGCCCAGUGCUGGGAACAGCAUCUCUGCAGGGCUGCAGAAAAUGGUGAUAGAGAAUGACUUAUCUGGUCUGAUAGAUUUCACACGGUUACCAUCUCCAACCCCCGAAAACAAGGACUUGUUUUUUGUCACAAGGUCUGCUGGGGCCCAGCCCUCACCUGCCCGAAGCUCCAGUUACUCAGAGGCCAAUGAGCCCGACGUGCAGAUGUCAAAUGGCAGCAAGAGUUUGUCCAUGGUGGACUUGCAGGACAAUCGGCUCUUGGACAGCGGGGCCAACGCGCCCGGCGCUGCCGACUCCCUCAACGACAGUCAGUCGUCCCUCGGGCAGUUGCAGGGCGUGUGGACCGCUCGGACUCAGCAGAGCAGCAUGGCGGGUAUGGCCACGGUGCGCCGCGUGGGCCAGACGCCCACCACGCCGAGCGGUGAGAGCGCGCCCGGCCGGCCCCAGCUGCUGGCCCCGCUCUCCUUCCAGAACCCCGUGUACCAGAUGGCCGCCGGGCUGCCGCUCUCGCCCCGCGGCCUGGGCGACUCCGGCUCCGAGUGCCACAGCUCGCUCAGCUCCCACAGCAACAGCGAGGAGCUGACGGCCAACAAACACGGCUUCGCCGGCCCCGCCGCCAGCGAGGACUUCAGCCGCCGCACGGGAGAACUGGCCCGGCGGCAGCUCUCGCUUUCAGAGAAGGGCGGGCAGCCCACCAUGCCAAGGCAGAACAGCGCGGGACCGCAGCGGCGGAUAGACCAGCCGCCGCCACCGCCACCACCGCCCGUCACCCGGGGCAGGACGCCGCCCUCGCUGCUGAACACGGUGCAGUACCAGCGGCCUUCCAGCGGCAGCAUGAUGUCCUCCUCGCCCGACUGGCCCGGCAGCGGGGCCCGUCUCCGGCAGCAGUCCUCCUCCUCCAAGGGCGACAGCCCCGAGAUGAAGCAGCGCACCAUGCACAAACAGGCCCCUUCUCCUGUGAACCCCAGUGCCCUGGACCGCACUGCUGCUUGGCUUUUGAAUAUGAACAUGCAGUUUUUAGAAGAUGAAAGCAUUGACCCAGAUUCCAAGCACAGGGAUAAGCUCAGGAAUAAGGACGAGCUCAGCCAAGCAGAAAAGUACCAGCAGGACCUGGUGGUGCUGCAGGACAAGUUGCGCAUCUCCAACAAGAAGCUGGAGGAGUACGAGACACGCUUCAAAUGCCAGGAGGAGACAACGCAGAAACUGAUGCUGGAGUACCAGGCCAGGCUGGAGGAGAGUGAGGAGCGGCUGCGGAGACAGCAGGAGGAUAAGGAGAUCCAGAUGAAGGGCAUCAUCAGCAGGUUGAUGUCAGUUGAGGAGGAGCUGAAAAAAGACCAUGCAGAAAUGCAGGCUGCCGUGGACUCCAAGCAGAAGAUCAUUGAUGCACAGGAGAAACGCAUUGCUUCAUUGGAUGCUGCCAACGCACGGUUAAUGAGUGCCCUUACUCAGCUGAAAGAGAGGUACAGCAUGCAGACGCGUAAUGGGAUCUCCCCCACAAACCCAACUAAAUUGCAGAUUACAGAGAAUGGAGAAUUCAGAAACAGCAGUAAUUGUUAACCCGUGGAGGGCGCUGCCGCAGGAGGAGGCCUGGCCAGAGAGACCCGUGCAGCAGCAGGUGUGAGCCGCGGCUUCAGAGAACGGCUGCUCUCUCCCCAGAGAACCCAGCUCCUUACUGCGGACGGCGCGCUUGACUGAGCCUUUGUGGGAGAUGCUAAUGCCAGCACAUUGAGGGGACGGAAAGAUCAAGUGUGAGAUGAGUGGCAUAAGGAAAUAAGAUAUAUUUGAGCAUUGCUGUCACUGUUGGAUUUAAAUCAGUGUUUAAUGUUUAAACAGAAGUAACCUUUUCCUUCCAAGCUGCCCAGAGGAUACGCCUCUCCCCUCCCAACAAGGAGUAACGUCCUUGCCACUGCAGUAAGCAAGAUGCAGGGAGCUGGGCAGAGCCUGCAGUGGGCAGCACACUCAGUAUAGGCAGUGCAUGCUGGAGGGCGGCAGGAGCCUGGCCUGCUCCUCAUGUGACUCCCCCUGGAGCACAGCCCCAUCCCCAGAGCAAUCCCUGAGCCUCUGGCCUUCCUUAUGUAGCUUUUGUGCUGCCCCUGACUUUUGCAGUGGGUAGCUGUCCAGAGGGCAUCUGCACAGCAAAUUAGAAUUUAAUUAACUCUGUCCACACAGGGGCAGAGCCCAGCAGGAUGGUCAGGGCUCGCUCAGUACGUGGGGGCCAUGUAGAGAAUGUGGGGGACACAUAGAGGCUGGCUGUGGGGCCCUGGGCGGUCCCUAUGAGCAGGAUAGGCCCCAGGCGCCUGUGUCAGUGGAGGGAGGAUCCGGGCCCUGCAGAAGGAUUUUUUGGUUCCACUCCCAGCUUCUGCUCUCACAAACACUGGGGACAAGUCUUUGUAAAGCAAUAGUUCCAGGGCACUGCGUUCCCUACCACACACAUAACACAGAACAAAUUAAAGGUAACCUGAGCUUGCUGUCCUCAAGCUGUGAGUGAGCUGCAGGGUCUGGAUUUGCUGCUGGUGCCCACUGUGGAGAGGGGGAGUGCCAGGCUGCAACGUGGCCAGCUUCAUGCUUGACAAAGAGUUCAUUAUGGGGAUGUCAUGCUCUGUGCAGAGAUUAUGUACUGUUUCUGGGGAGGAAAAAAAAGGCAAAGAAACAAGAACGGCCAUGAAGAACCAUGAAGAUCGGUAAUUGUAUUUCUUUUCUUUCACAGUAUGCAUUAGAAAAAAAAAGAGCCCAUUUUCUGGAGUACUGUCCUCUUUAAAUUGGGAAUGAGCACUGCAUGGAAAUUAACCGGCCUGAAGAAUGUAAAACAUGGUCAUAAGGGAGUAACCAGCAGGAACAGCAGCCACCACCGAGAGCCCCCUUGUCAGGAGCACUGUGCAGGCAUAAGCCAGGAUUAGACUUUCCUAACUGCCGAGACACGCAGCCCCGGCACACACAGACGUGUUGCUCAGCAGAGGGGUCUCCUCCUUAACGGGGGAUUGUGCCGCUGACCCGCCGCCACGGUGUUUGUUGGUUUGUGGUUGUCCAGUUAGUCCUUCACGACUCCCAGUCUCAGAGCAGGUCACUCGGACCGAGAGCCAGAGAGAUUUCUCUGAGACACGGAUGACAGUGUACAGUGUACAGGACAUCUGCCUAUUCCUCCCAUAAAGGUUAACACACUGCUGACCGCCUGUCCCAGCUCCUCCUGCCACGUGUAAAUGUACAGUCAAAGGUACUAGGACGUUCACUGAGCUCUGCACAGCUUAGGUACCACCUGCAGCCUCGCCGGGCUGCCUGAGCAGGACGUGAUGUGCCAUAAGCUCUGCACUGCCAUGCUGCCCCACAGCCGUAAGGCUCACUAACAGCAUCUUUCCUCAUGCAAUUGCUUUCAAAAUUUAAGAUGAUUUUUUUUUUUAAUUUUUGUAAACGUUUGUCUGUUGCCUGGAAGCCCUGGGCCAAGCCUGGUGCGGCUGCAGCUGCUGCAGCUCCGGUCCUCGGAGGAGCGAACGCACUGCUCUGCACUGAGGGCUCCGCACCCCACCAACGCCUGCAGAAUGGUGCAAGUGCUCAGAGACCCCAAAAGGAGCUCCUCAGAGAAAAGUAAUCGCUAAGUGUUUAUGCCAAGUACAGCAUGUGGAGAAUAGCACAGAUGUCUUUGAAGAACCUGACACAGCUGACGAGGUUACAACUGGAGUAAGACCCAGACAGGUUAGGAAUACACAGGGUUAUGUGAACAGUUUGGUUCGUACACGUAACUUCUGCCGUUGUUCUUUAUAUACAUGAUAAGAACCCUGCUAAAAAAGACACUUAAACUGCUCCUGCCCUCAGAAGUAUUUUUAGAGUCAGUUGUUUCUGAGCUCCAAAAUACUGGUGUUGGGAGAGAUGGAAGUUGUUCAAUAUAAAGGAAUGGAAGCACUACCAGGGCACAGGGCAGCGCUUCCAUUUGUAUGUGAACAAAAUCUGGGGGUGCAGUCAGUGCCCUCUUAUGAGCUGGAAGAAAGACCCACCCCCAGCACAGCUGAUUAGUGCUGAAGCAAAGUGCAGUAAAUCUGCUCGCCCCCCCAGCCAAGGCACUGCUUUUAUACCACCAUUCCCCUUGUUGCUUUAUUUCUCCCCAAGAUCUGUCAGAAAAUCCUGGGUAACCUCGAUCACUGAGCACAUCACCGAGCACACUGUCCUGCUGCAACAGCAGGCUGCUCAAGUCCUUCUGCAGCCAGUCACUAUAACAUAAAACCUUCCAAGUUCCACUGCCAAUACCUUCUGGAGUUGCUCAGUUUCCUAAGCCAGUAUGAAACAGAAUUCCAAGUAGAACGAGAUCUUUUUACAGUGGAGCUUCCCCCAGCCCCUUGUUCCUGUGUCUCCUUACUCUGCAAAUAUCAACAACUGGACCUAAGUACAACCUUCCCAUGUCAAGGUUUGGGGAAUAGGUUCUAAGAUCCAGGCUCAGCUCAGUUCUGUUACUUCUGUUUGUGUUCCUCUUAUUUAUAAACUGUACAUUUUCGUAUGUGUGUGUGUGUGAGAGAGAGUGGCAGUGCCAGGUGCCCAGCUGCAGCCCCAGCCCUGAUGCCUGGCGUAGCAAUAGAGGCAAUUAAUCACAGGAGGUGCUCACAGCACCGCGGCAAAGCAACCACUAUGCGUAAUGUUUUGUGACCUGCUCCGUUUUCUUUUCCAUUCUUGCGCUUUACUAAAAUAAGAGGCUGUUCUAGUGCAAACUUGUCAAGGUGUAAACAAGACUAAAACACACUCAGAUUUUUAUCUUAAUACAAGUCUUAAUAUUUUUUGUAAAUGUUUUCAGUGUUUACUGUAACGUAUCUAUCUCACUAACGGUUGUAUAUAGUAAUUUACUUCUGGUGCUGCUUAUUUGGUCAAGAUUUGGCUGUAUCUCACUGCUGUUCAGCAGAGGUGGACUCCAUCUGGCAAAUCUGGAUCCAGCCCCAGGUUAUGAUUUCAGCCUCCUCACCACGGGGUACCUGAGGGAAGGAGGAGCAGCCAGGGAUCCAGGUUUGAGGUUGGCCCACCUCAAGAAUUCUGUUUUAAGAGUUAUGAUUUGGGGUUUUGUUGAUCUGUAGCAAACAAUUCUGGAAAAAAGAAAAAAUGAUGAAAACUUUGUGUAAAGGGGGAUUAAAUGGACUGAAGGAUACUCUGGGGACUCUGCAGUCCCAUCCUUUUGGACAGGGAUUAUGGCUUAAAUGCAGUGCCAACUAACUGGAGGACUCAGGUCCUUCCCCACGCCAAUUAAUACUACAGCACAGUCACCAGCCCCUUUUGCACCAGAUUAAGCAAAUCCUGCUGCCAUCCAAAGAGUCCUGUGUCACUCUGCAUUGUCAUUUGAGUCUGGUUGGUUUUGUUUUCUGCUUGUAAAGCACUGAUUGCACUGUGAGAACAUGCUGAGUCCGCCAGCCUGGCAGCCAGCCCGCAGGUCGCAGGACAUGGGUUCUGCUGUGAAUAUUCCUAAAGGGAGAAGGGACACAAGUGGACCUGAGUGAGAUACCAUGGUCUCUGCUGGGAGAGCAGCCCCCAAAUUGCGUCCAACGCUGAGAAUGCUCAUGGGCUUCUCCUGUUACUUAAAUCCAUACCAACGUGCAACUUAAGACACACUAAGGUCUGAUCCAGGACUCGCAGCACCCUGCCCAGCGUGGAAAGUGCGGGCUUGCAGCCACCACCAUUCCCCAGCCCCAGAGGACACUGCUCAGCCACAAGGCUCAUCUGUGUGGCCCUGUCCUGCUCGCAUCCAGCUGAGCCCUGGGCCAGCCCUGCAGGGCUAACUGGCACCUUUUCCCUCGAGGAAUAUCAGAGGGAGGGGAUGGGGGAGCGAGAGAUGACAGAAGCAUGGGCUUUCCAAACCAAAUCCAGUCUUGAGAGCAUCAUACAACAUUCAGAAACAAUCAUGCUUGGAAAAAGCACUGACUUCACAGGUUACCUGAGCUGUGACAUUGCUGUAAAUUCCACGUGGUUCUGCAUCAGCUGCCAGCACCCCAAAGUGCAGUCUCCAUGUUCACAUAUUCCUUUAUCAUACAUCACUGUGUCUUAAGAUAUACCUCUCUCUGUAUAUCUGCUUAAGCUGAUACUUGUUCCUGAUAAGCAGUCGCUAUGUUUUAUAUCCUCUUAUAAAAAAAAAAAAAUCUUUUUGUAAGUAUGUUUAAAAACAAAAAAAAAUGCAAAGUGGAAGUGUUUGCUGAAUCUCCUUCAGCUCCUUUUAAACUAUGUAAUAAUGUACAGAGAAAGUUGUUGGUGUUCAAAGAAAUGAUGUGGCCGUGCAAUUUAUGUACAUUUGCAAUUAGAAAUAUUAAAGAUUUAUUUAGAUAUUUUA